CCUGCUCGACAGGAGGCAUUUGUAUGGCUGGGAUAUAAGAGCUCGUCUUCGCUUGCACGCCGGCUCGGAGCGAGUCUAGAAUAAGCGGGGGGGGGGGGGGGUCGGGACGGCCAGCAACUGCGUGCUCGGGGCCAAACACACGCUUGCCCGACCUCGCCAGCAGUAAUGCACUGGAAAAUAGACAUUAUCUUACGCAUCGUAAAGAUACAAGCGGCACGCGGAAGCUCGCAAGGACGACGAGUUCCAUGCAUGGGCCAUUUUGGACUGGUUAAGGCGGCAGCGUUCCCUUGUCCCUCCCUUUUUCCUCAGCGUAAGCCGGAACAGAAGGCACCAUGGUGAAGUUCCUGAAGCCUGGGAAGGUUGUCAUCCUUCUGUCCGGCCGCUAUGCCGGCAAGAAGGCCGUGAUUGUGGCCAACAAGGACGACGGCUCGUCGGUGCGGCCAUAUGGCCAUGCCACCGUCGUGGGCCUGGCCAAGGAGCCCCGGAAGGUCAUCAAGAAGAUUAGCCAGAAGAAGCAGGCUCGUCGCUCGAGCAUCAAGACUUUCGUCAAGACCGUCAACUACCAGCACAUCAUGCCCACCCGCUACACCCUGGACGUGGACCUGAAGGCCGUCGUGGCCCCCGAGGCCAUUGAGUCCGCCGCCAAGAAGACGGACGCCCGCAAGGAGUGCAAGAAGCUGCUGGAGGAGAAGUUCAAGUCGGGCAAGAACCGGUGGUUCUUCAGCAAGCUCCGCUUCUAAGCGUGUCGCACGAUGCACUGUGCGGGGCGUGUCGCGUGUUGUGACUUGUAACGGCUGAUGAGGCUCUCCGACCGGCCCGUCCUGCACCCCGCUCCUUUCGUAACAGCCCCACUGCGCAGCCCCCGUAACGGUGUGAGGAUAGUGAGGCAGUUCAGCACGGCGUGCGCAGUGCCGCAGUUACCGACUCGUCGGCAAGAAGCCAUUGGUGACGCCUUCUUUAUACCAGGGGGGCACCAGCCCGGGGGGGUCAGCUGUGUGGAAUAGAGCUCUGUCGCUGCGGUGUAUGAAGGUUGCCCGGUGGUGCUGCUGGACAAUCGAAGCGUCCUGCUAAAGAGAGUAUCUAGUUGUUAGUGCGCCUGUCCCUGCGCCUUGCGCCAUUCUCCACGACAGCCGGAUCGGGAGCAGAUGGGAGAUCUUGUGAACGGGCCGGGCGGCGGGCCGGGGCCGGCGGAGGGGCGCCUUUUAACAGUGCCCUUGGGCAUGCGCAGCGGCCGCUGACGCACUUAUAACUGCCUGUCGCU